CACUUCGCCUGAAGCGGAUCUUUUACAACUUUUAAAAACAAAACUUUUAAACAAAAACUUUUGAAGUCGGCGUUUCAGUGUAUUCAUUUGUUUUAACGUUCGAAUUUCGAUUUUAGAAAUGGGCAUGAUAUCGCGAGUGCGUGGACGCAUACGGAGUGAUUCUUUCUCCAAGAUUCACACGCUUAAGUCCGAAGACAAAAUAGCUAAUAUCGUAUGGCUGCUGUCGCUGGUGCUGGUGCUGCCUUACUGGGCGCCGCGGGGGCUGCUAGUGGCGCUGGGCGGCGCCUGGCUGAUGGCCGCCUACACGUGCCUCGUCGUGCCCGUGCUCAUCUCCGCCAAUUACCGCUACCCGGCCCGGUGGUGGCCCGACGUUGUGAAGCUUGCGCAAAAGAUGUGGCGCAGGCUGGAGAGGCCAGUGUCGUGCGCACUGGGAGUGGUGCGCGCUGCGUAUGCGCCGGUCGACCGCGCGGAGAAGCUCUUCCUGCAGAUGAGCAACCUGUCGACAAUGAUUGGACAAUUGCUGAUGUUUACCGCGUGCGACCGGCUGUUCGUCUCGCAGGGCCGCCUGACCUGCCUCUACUCGCUCAUGUUCUACAACGUGGUCACCUACUCCGUGAGCUACGUGCGCGAGCUCUGCACCAAGGAGGACUGGUCGCCCUACGUCAACGUCACCCGCCACUCGCGCGUCAAGCAUCUCGCCAUGUCCGCCACCAAAAUUGUCCUCGAAUGGACUAAAGCGGUCACUUUCAUAGUUACUGUGACUUUUGUAUUGUUGGCCUUUGGACUGGAACAGGGCUUGGAGCAUUACAAACCGACAGCGUUGUAUACGCUCUUCACCGGUACUUAUUAUUUGCUAACGGAGCGGACGUUCCUUGAGCUCUGGCCUAUAGCUUUGACAGCUAUGAAGUUUGAGCGCCUAGAAGGUAUGGAGGCGCUGUAUUUAGGUGUGUGGGCGCGAGGUGUGACGACAGCGCUGGCGCUGCCGCUGGUGCCGGCGCUGGCGUGGUGUGAGCGCUGGCGGCUAGCGCUGCUGUUGUUGUAUGUGAAUGUGAUCGUUCACGGCAGGCACAGGCUCGGUGAAGCGUUAGAGAAGCUGAAUGUAGCGUGCGGCUCGCUCGCUAGAUUCCGACGAGCGACAGCAGCGGAGCUCUCCAUGCUAGAGGACGUGUGCGCCGUGUGUCUAGGCGUGAUGCGUUCGGCGCGCGUGACGCCGUGCGCACACUUCUUCCACGCAGACUGCCUCAGGAGAUGCCUCGCAGCCUCCGACCGGUGUCCCAUAUGCGUCAGGCCGUACAUAUUCUGCUGAUUGCUGGACACCACAUUCGCCGGACAAGACUGUUGAGAUUACGAAAGCCUCGAGAGUCGAGAUCGAGAUCGAGAACGAGAUCCACGGGAAGACUGGAUUCAAUGUUUAUUUGCUUGGAGACUUUCGUGCAUGAUUUCUGUUCAUGCGCAAUUUGCAACCACCAUUUGUAUGAUUUAGGUUUAUUUAAUAUAUUCGUAUUUACUCUUUACCUCUUUAGGGUCUAAUUUAGAUCGCUGUAUUCUAAAAAAACCGGCCAAGUGCGAGUCGGACUCGCGUUCCAAGGGUUCCGUAUAUUACACAAUUUAAACAAUGUAUUUUUUUGUAAAACGUGAGUGAAAUGUCUUUAAACACCCGUAGGGGUCGAAUCAAAAACUAAGUAAUUAAGUCCGACUCACGCUGCAAUUUCUAAUAGGUUUUCCUGUAAUCUACAGGUAAAUAUCUAUUUAGUGUAUUUUUUUUCAAAAUUUUAGACCCAGUAGUUUCGGAGAUAAAGGGGGAAUGGUCAUUUUUUGCCUAUUUUCUUGAAUAACUUCUCAGCUGUUAAUCCUAAAAUUAUUUAAAAAAUAUAUUUGAGAUCCUCAUAAUGAGCUCUUUCAUUUGAUAUUUAACACGAUAUAGUUUGAAAAACUAUUUUUUAAAAUUUUCUCAUUCACCCCCAAAAGUGGCCCCUAUGUUUAAAAUUAAUUUGUUUACGUUACAUGUCCGUCUUUGGGUCACAAACUUACAUAUGUGUACCAAAUUUCAACUUAAUUGGUCCAGUAGUUUCGGAGAAAAUAGGCUGUGACAGACGGACAGACAGACAGACGCACGAGUGAUCCUAUAAAUAAGGGUUCCGUUUUUUCCUUUAGAGGUACGGAACCCUAAAAACUAUUUUAAACACUUAACAAGUUAAUUAUUGAUAAUUAAAGUCAUUUCUAAAAAAAUAUAAUUCAAUACGAUAAAAAUACGUAAAAAAACAAAAAUUACAGCAUUAAAUUCUUAUAUGUUUAUUAAAAAAUAAUGACCAACUAAAACGCUUCACUGUUGAUAAACAGUGUCUUUCGUUUAUCAUGUAAAAUGCUCGUAGCAGAAAGGUCAGUGCAGUGCAGCAGUGGCAGUACAGUAUGAAAUGCCUUCAUGUAACUACAAUUUUGUUAUAAACACAGCUUAUAUGAUUGCGUAGGUGUUGCAUAUGGCCCUUCGAACCGGAUUUCAGUAAUUAUAUUUUUACUAAAAAUAUACCUAGUACAUACUAUACAUGUCAUGUAACAUGUAACCCAAACUUCAGUUAAAAGGUAUUCGCCCCUAGUUUUACUGUAUCUCAACAUAUCGACAAUAUAUUAUCUUUAAGAGGCCGGUGUCGAUUUUAGUCGCAAAAAUGUAAAAUUGAUAGAUUUAGUCGGUGAAAUUGUACACCUUUUGAUACCUAAUUGAAAUAACAAGUACUGGUUUCUAUUAGCACGUCUUCUUAUCCUACCUUUUAUCAGAUCAAUUUUUUGAAAACAGACUCACUAAAUUAGUAAUGUUUGCUUUUCUGAUGGACGUUUAGGUAAACGCGCGUAAAGCAUUGAUUUUGUUCGUCUUAUUUGUAAAUUUCGUAAAGUUUGGACUGCUAAACAUGGUAAUUUUGUAUUACACAUAUUCUGUACUUGACGUUUAUCAGACUACAUUUUUAUUAUUAUGACUUUGAAGUAGUGUAAAUGAAAGUUAGACGAAAUCAAUUUUCUCCAGAAAUUACUUCAAAACAAGUGACAAUAUCUCUGAAAAUCCACUUAAUUUCAACGUAAUUUUGAUACUUAAAUAAUCUACAACAUCUGCUGAAACUAUUUUUAUAUAUCAAUUUGUAUAAUUUACCACCAUAAUUUUUUUAUGAAUUUUUAAAAACUGCCUCUUCUUUUCAUAUUUUACCGGUGACGCACGCUCGCGACCUCAUUAUUAAAAGGCAAGAUGAGAAGACGUGGUAAUAGAAACCAAUACUUGUUAUUUAGAUAUUACGUAACAAAACGUGUAUAAUUUCAACGACUAAAUCUAUUAAUUUUACUUUUUUGCUCCAAAAUCGACUACGGCCUCUUAAAAACUGUUGUAGUAUAUUUAUUAUGCCUAGUUACCACGAUAUAUCUACUUCAUUAAACUUUGUUCAUUAAAUUGUCCGUCUUACAGGUAUACAUCUACCAUAAGAUAUCAGUUUUGUUUAUCUUGUGUUUACUCUAUGUGAAAAUAUUACAAGGAUCAUCAUAAUAUUAAUAUGAUGGUUGCGUUUUAGACAUCGUACGACAAGUGACGCGAUGAGUCGCGAUGCGAGAUUAUUUACAGCGGAAAGUUGUACCUAAAAACGCGACCUAUAGAACUACCAUAUAUACCAGAAUGUAUUUUAUAUUUAGUUACAUAUAUAUGUUAUUGUAAUUUUCACACGCCUGCGGUAACUACAUUACCUACCUACCAAAAUUUUAAUGGGUCCAAUCCAACGUAAGCGCUUUGUACUUAUACUAAUAAUUUUGUAAUAAAGCAAAUUUUAAACA